AUGUAUACAUGUGCAAGUACAUUUGUGUUCUUCCACAUUGUCAUCGAGCCACACAAGACCUCUCUCUCCUCACAGGUAUACUGCAUAGGGGGUGAUGGUACAAUGAGGGGAGUCCUCGCGAUCUUCAAAGAACUCCAACGGCGCAAACUGAACAUAUCCAUCACUGGCAUACCCAAAACCGUCGACAACGACAUCGGCAUCAUCGACCGUUCGUUUGGCUUCCAGACGGCAGUGGAGAUGGCCCUUCACUCCACCCUCAGCAGCCGCGAUGUCGACUGCUGCCUCAUCCCCGAAACAGAGUUCUACUUAGAAGGCAAAGGUGGUCUCUUCGAAUUCCUCGACCAGACGUUGAAACAAAAUGGACACGCUGUGAUAGUCGUCGCCGAGGGCGCUGGCCAAGAUAUGAUACCGAGAACCGAGUCUCAGAAGGAGGAGAGAGACGAGUCCGGCAAUCCCGUGUUUCUCGACGUGGGCCCGUGGGGCCCGAUCAACGGGAAUUACGGGUAUAUACCCGUGGAGGAGGUGGCGUCGGCGAAGAAUGUGGUGGAUACAAAGGAUCAUAAGUGGGCAUGGGUCCGGUCGGUGACGAACCAGCCUGAUUUCCAAAAGGGGUGAGCUUAAGAAAUUAACACGAGCUUUCGAUAGAGCCCGGUUCUUUUGGAGGCGGCUGUGAGAUCUUUGGAGAAUUGUAUAAUGAGACUACUGAGAGCUUUUACUCUUUGUUGUGGUUGAUAUUGUGCCGAUAUGUGCAUCUCUUACCCUCAUCUAUCUGUAGCUGGCGUGGAACUGAGAAUGCAACUGGGUGAGAUAAAGAUUGAGCACCGGGUGCAUGCAAAAGCUAAUAGUAACGUGUAGGAUUAUCUAUCAGUGUGUUUGAUGAUUAUCAUAUGUUAUCUUCUUAUUUGGGGGAGAAUAUUUAUCUAGAAA